AUGCUUCAGCAAAUCCACGAAUGCAUCCAGAAACAUGCCGACUGCAAAAACGAGAUGAACCCUGUCCUACCGACGCGUCUUCUGGACAUUGGAACCGAAAAAGAACCGAAAGUCAAACUGUAUGAGACGGCAGGAGAGCGACGAAAAUAUGCAGCCCUCACUCAUAGAUGGGGCAAGAAAAUCCUGAUCACAACCACGAAAAGCACACUCGCGGCAAGGAAAACAGCUAUCGCGUGGUCAGAGCUUUCACCCACAUUCCAAGAUGCCAUCAAGGUCACCCGAAUGCUGGAUCUGCGUUACCUAUGGAUCGAUUCUCUUUGCAUUAUUCAAGACGAUGCCGAUGACUGGCAAGUCGAGGCCUCGAAAAUGGCCGACAUCUACGAAAAGGCAUACGUAACCAUCUCAGCGAAUACGACGACGAGCAGCCUUCUCAGCCCUUCUACCACGCCCACCUUGCUCGAAGGCAUCGUGGGCAAGACGCCCGCGGACCACCUCCUCGCCUCACGCGCCUGGUGCUUCCAGGAGCGCCUCCUCGCAACGCGGCUCCUGCACUUUACAGACGCGGAACUCGUCUUCGAGUGCAAGGCAGGGUGCAGAUGCGAGUGCGAGAGCCCUCACCGCAACAGCACCAGCGCCAAGCAAACUACGUACCUCAAGAACCUGUACGCCGGGAUCGUGCGCCCGGAGUAUGUCGCGCGACUUCAUAUAGCGGAGGAUCCGUGGGAGGGCUGGAAGCUCGUCGUCGGGCCUUAUGCGCGCAAGGAACUUACACAGCCCAGCGAUGUGCUACCUGCGCUGGCGGGCAUGGCGGCGCGCAUGCAGUCGGAGCGCCUGGGCCGCUAUGUUGCAGGGCUGUGGGAGGCGUACUUGGCUGAUGGCUUGUUUUGAUUUGCGAGGGUUG